AUGGCUAACAACAAUGCCGGCGCCAACUUUGCCGACAAGCCUCGUUUGACAGAACAAGAAAAGAAGAACAACCACAUUGCUUCGGAACAGAAACGCCGUCAAGCAAUCCGUGAAGGCUUCGAUCGUCUUGCUGAGAUCGUCCCCGGCAUGUCAGGCCAGGGUCGCAGUGAGGCCGUCAUGCUCUCGGCCACCGUCACCUACAUGAGAGCUCAGCUCGCCAAGAAGGAUGCCCUCAGGGACAUGGCUGCAAAGCUGAACGUCAGUGACGGCGACUUUGAGCAGAUGUAUCGCGAAGAGCGUGCCAGAAUCAACCAAACCUACGAUCGUUCCUGA